AGAUAUGAAACUUAAAAUAUUUGAAUCAACUGCAAAAUGAUUAUACAACGGCACACAACAGCUGUAGUUAACAUUUUCAUAUUUUGGAUAUUUGUUUCGUUAUUUUGUGCAUCAAAACAAGAUUGUGUCUGGUAUGGAGUUUGUAACACAGAUGCCUUGAAUCAUAAUCAAUAUUGUUCCUAUAAUGGCACUCCAAAAGAGAUGCCUGAAGAUGGACUGAAGUUGUUAACAGAAAGGUGCAGCUUUUUACUUCAAGCUGAGGCAAAAAAUUUCUGUUGUGACGUAGAUCAGGUAAAAAUAUUGAAUGAGAACAUUAAACUCGCUGCGGCAAUUUUAGAACGUUGCCCAUCAUGUAUGACCAAUUUGGCUCGUCAUAUUUGCGAAUUGACAUGCUCUCCAAAUCAAUCAAAAUUCUCUAAAGCUGCUGGUACAAAGACAAAUGAUAAAGGUGAUCUUUAUGUAACUUCUUUGGAUUUACACGUAACAGAAGAGUAUAUCAAUAGGACUUAUAAGUCAUGUUCCCAGGUGGGUCAUAGUUUAAAGUUAUUAUUUUAGGUUAAGAAUGCCAGAUGGAAGUCGAUUCGAAA